AUGGCGUUGGAAGGUUGCGUGGGCUCGCUGCGCAGUAGCAUGCAAUUACUCGAUUCAUCCAUCAACAUACUGGACCAAGGUGUGAGCGACUUUCCUCGACUGGCCAAAGUACUGCAGACGACACGGCACUUCGAGCUCAUAUCUGAAUCCGACCUCCAGACUGCGCAAUCAGCACUCCUCUCAGAAAUCCGCCCUGAAGUCGACAACCUCCUCAAGCGCGUCGAGAACUACCUAGACAAGCUGGAGCGGCGCGAACAGUCCCUCAUAGCGAAAUGCGACCUAAAUGAUGGCAGGCUUGGACGUGACAACGGUGGUGGAUCGGGCUCUAGACCAGCAAGUAGAACUGCUCAGAGAGGCGGAGGCAAGACCAUCAGCGCUCAGCAAGAGCUGAGGAUGAAGACACUGAAGGCGAAGAAGGAUAGGCUGAGCUAUGCCGUUGAGACGCUGGAGUUACAAGCGAAGCAGAGGGAGAGGCAGUUAAGGAUGAGUAUGGCCGCACCACAGCAGUUCUACGACGAUUGA